CCUAACAGGAGGAGAUUCACUCAUGGCCUAUGAGACAGAGGAUCAUGAGACUCAAUACUGCUUUCCUGCCAUCAACUCGUCAUGUAUCAAGGGAAAACGCUCUAGACAUGAAUACAAUUUCAUGUAUGUGUUUUUUUCGUUGCUGUCAGCAUGGACUGUGUUUCUGAACCUGCUGGUGAUCAUCUCCAUCUCUCACUUCAAGAAGCUUCACACUCCAACAAACCUGAUCAUUCCCUCUCUGGCUGUGGCCGACCUGCUUAUUGGACUUAUUGUGAUGCCUGCGGAUGCCAUUAAGUUGAUUGAGACAUGUUGGUAUUUUGGAGACACUUACUGUGGACUCUUCAUAAUUACUGUUGGGCUGCUUCUUUCUACAUCUCUCAGUAAUUUAGUAUUAAUUGCUGUUGAUCGUUAUGUAGCUGUGUGUCAACCUUUACAGUAUCCACAGAAAAUCACCAUAACUAAAACUUUAAUAAGCAUCUGCCUCUCCUGGUUUUGCUGUUCAAUUUACAAUAUAGCCUUUGUAAUUAGUAAUGGAUAUUUUAAUACCUUACACAGACCAGAUGUUUGUUAUGGCCAGUGUAUUGUUAUGAUUAGUCCUGCUUGGAGAUUCACUGAUUUGACCUUUUCUUUCCUAUUUCCUUGUAUCCUGAUUAUCUCUGUAUAUUUGAGGAUAUUUUAUGUCGCACAACAGCAAGUGAAAGUUAUAAACUCUCUGAAGGGCUUAAAAUGUGUAAUGAAAGUUUCAGUUAGGAGAAAAUCUGAGAGUAAAGCUGCUCUGACAUUAGGAAUCAUUGUGACAGUUUAUUUGCUUUGUGGGAUUCCGUUCUAUAUCUGUUCUCUAACAGAAACCACUGCAGUCUCUUCCACUACAAUGACAUUGCUAACAUGGAUCGUGUAUGUUAACUCAGGUCUGAAUCCUCUUAUCUAUGCUUUGUUUUAUCGCUGGUUUAAAAUGUCUGUUAAGCACAUUUUUACUCUUAGAAUACUUCAGCCAGCAUCUUCUCUUCUGGACAUUUUUACAGAUUGUCAUUCAUAAUUUGAUUUCAUUUUUUUAAAUUUUUUUUUUUACUUUGAUCUCUGAGAUUAGUUCCUAAAUAUUUGCAGAAACUGGAAUGUCAUAAUGUGUUCCUGAGUUCAGAUACAUACAGUUAGAUGAAGACAGAUACUUAUGCCAAACCUAGUGAACUGCCUAUGGAGGUAGCAUUUUAAUGUAUCAUUGUUGCACUUCCGAAAGGUAAAGUACUUAAUUAUGCUGCCUCAAGACACUUAAUUUUAGCAAGAUUCUUAGGCAGCAUUGCAUACAUCCUUCAAAAAACAAACAAAAACAUUCCCUUCAACACUAAAA